AUGUCUCAUAGACGGCACCUGUCCCUCAUUGACAUCAUUCUGUUGAGACAGCGCUCCCAAACGCCUCCUUAUACUGAAUUAGAAUUAUCGAUGUCUCAUAGGCGGCACCUGUCCCUCAUUGACAUCAUUCUGUUGAGACAGCGCUCCCAAACGCCUCCUUAUACUGAAUUAGAAUUAUCGAUGUCUCAUAGACGGCACCUGUCCCUCAGUGACAUCAUUCUGUUGAGACAGCGCACCCAAACGCCUCCUUAUACUGAAUUAGAAUUAUCGAUGUCUCAUAGACGGCACCUGUCCCUCAUUGACAUCAUUCUGUUGAGACAGCGCUCCCAAACGCCUCCUUAUACUGAAUUAGAAUCACCGAUGUCUCAUAGACGGCACCUGUCCCUCAGUGACAUCAUUCUGUUGAGACAGCGCUCCCAAACGCCUCCUUAUACUGAAUUAGAAUUAUCGAUGUCUCAUAGACGGCACCUGUCCCUCAGUGACAUCUGUUGA